CUCUGUUCUCUGCUCUGCUGCUCCUGUAUUCGAUACACCAGCUUCCUGCCUGCCUUGUGAUUUUUCUUCGCAAUCGCAAACUCAGUUUGGGUUUCAAUAAAACUAAAUGCAGCUUGAUUUAUGAAGUUAAUGACGGAUUCUAAGCUUUUAAGGUUGCCGACAUGGAGAAACUUGUUCGCCUAUUUAUUAGAGCGAAACCUCGAGAUUUGGGUGUUUUUCUUUUUCCAUGGCUGAGGGCGUCGGACGAGGCUUCUUCCAGCUAAAAUACAACUCCGUUUGCGAAUCCCCAGCUUUCAUGAGUAGACUUCAUAAGGGAAUGCUAUUGGAAUUGGAGAGAAAUCUUAUGAUUUGAAUCACCACCACCAUUCAUCCCUCGGGUGUUUCUACUUUCUACGUUGAUGCUUCAGUGGGAAGGUGGCAACUCUUAGCACUUUAGCGGCCGGUACAGGGCUCUGAAGAGAAAGGGUUUUAAGAUGCGAAAGAAAAUUUCAAGGGACUUCCGAAAGCUGUAAUGACGGAUCCAAAUCUUCCGAGAAUGCUACUUGGGGGACAAAUCAUGGAGGUGCAGAACUAGGCUUUCUGCUUCUAAUCUGAUUUGGGGAGAUUUUCAGCUCUAGUGGCGUCUCCUGACUCUGAAGGCCAUGAGUUCCAAGAGAAAACCCAUCAGUUUCACCCUCUGGUGAGUGAAGAGUGGUGAAGAACUGUUGAGAUUACACUCUCACAGACACGGUCACUUUCAUACAUCUAUUAAGAAAUUCCUUAUGAAGCACCAAAACGUUAUCUCCUCUUUCACACCUUUCAUCACCUUCCUAUGGUUUCUCUUUUCUCUGGCCAUUGCUGACCUGAAUUCGGACAGACAAGCCCUUCUUGAUUUUGUUGAUGCAGUUCCUCAUGGCCGGAAACUGAACUGGAAUUCAUCUAGCCCAAUUUGCUCAACCUGGGUUGGUGUCACUUGCAGUCAAGAUGGCACUCGUGUGGUUGCACUUCGGCUUCCAGGAAUUGGACUAUCUGGUCCUAUCCCAACCAACACUCUCGGAAGGUUAGAUGCUCUCAGGGUCCUCAGCCUCCGAUCCAACCGCCUGAGUGGGAGUCUUCCUUCUGACAUUACAUCCCUCCCUUCGCUCCAUCAUCUCUUCUUACAACACAACAACCUCUCUGAUGAGAUCCCCGCAUCUCUCACCCCUGAACUCAACUUAAUAGAUCUCUCCUUCAACUCCUUUAGAGGCAGCAUUCCACUCACAGUUCGGGAUCUGACACGGCUGACUGGGUUGAACCUGCAGAACAAUUCCUUCUCAGGACCCAUCCCUGACCUCAACCUCCCAAGGCUUAAGCAUUUGAAUCUGAGCUACAACAACUUAACUGGCUCAAUUCCGCCUUCCCUUCAAAAAUUCCCUAACUCUUCCUUUGAAGGAAACCCUCUUUUAUGUGGCUCACCUUUGAGCCUUUGCUCUUCGGUCAUCCCAUCAUCAUCUCCAUCCCCUUCUUCCUCACUUCUGCCACCAACAGUCCCCACUGUGCACAGAAAUGGAUCAAAGAAGAAACUUGCAACUGGGGCUAUCAUUGCCAUUGCAAUUGGGGGUUCUGCAGUGUUGUUUCUUCUAGCUAUAAUCAUCUUAGUAUGCUGUCUGAAGAGAAAAGAUAGUGAACAAGGCGGUGUCUUGAAAGGGAAGGGCUCUAGUGGUGGAAGAGGUGAAAAGCCAAAAGAGGAGUUUGGAAGUGGAGUCCAAGAAGCUGAGAAGAACAAGUUGGUCUUCUUUGAAGGCUGUUCUUUCAAUUUUGAUCUUGAGGAUUUACUAAGAGCUUCAGCUGAAGUGCUAGGAAAAGGUAGUUAUGGGACAGCUUACAAGGCUGUAUUGGAGGAGGGGACAACGGUGGUGGUGAAGAGAUUAAAGGAAGUGGUGGUGGGGAAGAAGGAAUUUGAACAGCAGAUGGAGAUUGUGGGCAGAGUUAGCCAGCACCCAAAUGUUGUGCCACUCCGUGCUUAUUACUACUCUAAGGACGAGAAGCUCCUGGUGUAUGAUUACAUACCAGCUGGAAACUUAUUGACACUCAUGCAUGGAAAUAGAGGCAGUGGAGGAAGAUCUCCACUAGACUGGGGCUCCAGGGUAAAAAUCUCACUUGGAGCCGCAAGGGGUAUCGCCCAUAUCCACUCUGAAGGUGGUGGAAAAUUCAUUCAUGGUAACAUAAAGUCAUCCAAUGUUCUUCUCACUCAAGACCAAGAUGGCUGCAUCUCGGAUUUUGGGCUGGCUUCUCUCAUGAAUUUUCCAGUAAUCCCAUCUCGAAGUGUAGGCUACCGCGCCCCUGAGGUGAUUGAAACCCGGAAACCAACUCAGAAAUCUGAUGUAUACAGCUUUGGCGUGCUCCUCCUUGAGUUGUUGACAGGGAAAGCUCCACUCCAGUCACCAGGGCAUGAUGAUGUGGUCGAUCUCCCCAGAUGGGUCCAGUCAGUUGUGAGAGAGGAAUGGACAGCCGAGGUAUUUGAUGUGGAGCUGAUGAGGUAUCAAAACAUUGAAGAAGAGAUGGUCCAGAUGCUUCAGAUUGCGAUGGCAUGUGUGGCUAAGGUGCCAGACGUGCGACCUAAGAUGGAGGAAGUAGUCAGAAUGAUUGAGGAAAUCCGGCAAUCUGACUCGGAGAACCGGCCUUCCUCAGAGGAGAACAAAUCCAAGGAUUCGAAUGUGCAGACGCCGUGAUUAUUAUUAUUAUUAUUUGCUGGCUAUGCAUGUUGGUGUUGGAUACUCGUUUUUCUUACGGUAAUGUUUAACAUGCAUAACGUAUACAUGCUUUGGUUUUUUACUAACAAAGUUUUAAACCCAACUCCAUGUAUUCAUUGUGCAUGAAAUGUAACCCAAUUGCGUGAUUUCUUCUUAGUUUAGGUCUUUUCUUUUUACUGUUUUUAAUAAUUAAUCUAUUUGUUGUCAUUAGAUGAGGGUUUUGUUUCCACCAUUUAUUGUAAAAACUCUGUUUCUUUAUUAUUGUGAA